CAACCUAUGAAACCGAGCAUCAUGUCGAGGCCUAAGCGCUCCUUCCGACAGCACCGUCAACAGGGUCCCAAAGAACCGGGCCACUCGCGCUUCCCUCGCACCACAGACAAUUACGGCAAUGAGGAGGAAGAGGUGAAGCGCAGCAGCUCGCGGGGAGACAAAAGGAGCGCGAGCCCCUCCUGGCGCAACCCCCGCGCCUCCCCCAGCUCCUCCUCUUCCCCCGCUCCGCCGGCGCUUGUUGCCCCGUUUCCUAGCAACCGCCCGCGGGCCGCCUCUCGGGGCUGAAAGAAAGCGCAGGCCGGGGAGGACGGCCGGCCCGCCAUGGAGGCCCCCAGGCCCCGAGCCCGCUCCCCGCCUCUGCCUCCCCCCAAGCCCGCCAUUUUCUACGGGCCCGUGGAACCGGGGAACCCGGUGGUGGACAGCUUCGAGAAGGACCUGAGCGCUUGCCUGGGCUACUUUCGGCGCCAGCAGGAAGCGAAGGCCUCGGGGGCCUCGGGCUCCAGGCAGCAGGAGCUGCACAGGCUGGGAGCAACUACUUUGUUUAAUAUUUGGAACAACUACAAGCCUCGAUUCCCAGAUUGGUAUUACAAUGAAAAACUUGUGAAAGUUGGUGAUGAGCUUGUGGAAAUGAAGGAAUAUAAGCUGGCACUUACACAGUGCUAUGGGCGAUAUCUUCAGGAAAUCUGUAGUGUAAAUCUAAACAAAAUUGGAUCAGACGUGCAUCAAUUUAAGUCUGAUUUUUUCCCAAAGGGACUUAGAGAUCCAACUGCUGCGCGUACAUUCCAUGUUUUGCAAGUGAGGAAUAUCUGCAUUUACAAAUUGGUGUGUGAUAAUGAUGAGGACCUCCUGAAUCAGGAAUCUGUGAAGACAUGUUUCAGACUCUUGUCCAUAUUGCAGCUGAUCAUGCAGAUGACUUUGCCACAUGAACGUUUGUGUUGGCUUGUCUACAAUGGUACAAUCCAUAUGUAUACCAUUUGUAGGCAUUUAAUGACCAUUGGUCAAUCUGCUAAGGUGCUUGAAUAUUUAUUAUGGGCCUGUGUAUGCAUGGAAUCAUCGGUUCCCCUUUUAGCUGUACACUAUUUGCCAUGGAGAGCAACACUGUAUGCUGCUGUUUGCCAGUGUUAUUAUGACUGCUAUUCUGGCAUAAAUGGAGAGAUAUUUGCACGCCGUGGUUUGGUUAAAAUAGAUGAACUAAAGCAAAUGGAAAAUAUGAGUUCACCAGCAUUAAGCACAGAAACAAAGAGAAAAUUCAAAGAAGCAACUGUGAAGAUGGCAGCAAUGAUCUUCAAAAGAUCAGCAUUUGAACCCAGAAGACGACCAAAGGGGCUUUUUCGUCCAAGAGUGAAAAAUAAUAUGAAAGAUAUACAACAUCUUCCUUGGCCUCGGACAAUCUCAGAACGGCUGAUGAUGGAGAUAUUUGAUUGCAAUUCAUCUAUCUUUUUUGGCGUCUUGGAAGCUCUGUUUGAUAGAAAUAGGCGGACACUGAUCCCUAGCCCUCCUAUUCCUGAUGAAAUGGAAAUUCGUGAUGUCAUUUCAGAGUUGUUUUUUGCAGGUGUGGAUAUUCUUGAUGGUGGUGGCGUAGCUGCCCGAAGCAGCUUAAUCCCUGUUUCUAUGGUUAUAACUGGAACAUCAACACUUAUGGAACAGAUCUUAGCAGGGAAGAGUGGUAUAUCUGCAUAUGCUGCCUUGAGAUUUCUUAAGAUGGCUUUCAGCUAUGAGGAGUGGGAUAGCUUUGAUCACGCAGCUAUAGUGUUUUUUUCCUUUCUUCAGAAUCAAAAUGCCCCCAAAUGGAAGAAAGCAGAAUCAGAACUCAAAAUACUUCUAGUAAUGCAGCCUCUAAUAACCGCAAGAAAACCAAGACACGGCUUGUGUGUGCAUGGAGGUGUUAUCAGAGAAUCAAGUACUUUUCGUAGUACAGGAAGAAAAUCCAUCACAUUUCAAGAUGGAAGAGUACCAGCAGGAAAGACUACUGAUGAAAUUUUUACAUUGGCAAGAACUCUUUAUUCCUGCAUCAGUACACCUGAAAAGGUUCUCCUGCCAGACAGAGAAAUGAUGACAGAUGCAACCAUGUUUUUGUGGCAAAAGUGCAAAAUUGCAAUUCUGAGGAUCCAAAAUAGCGGAAGCUAUUUCUUAAAGUCUCUUCUUAAAUACCAGACAGCCAAGGUAAACCUUUCUCAUAACUCAUGUUGAUUAAGGUUAAUUAUGUAUCA